AUGCGUGCAUUCUCCGUACUUGCCUCUCUCGCGACGGCCAUACUUGCCACAACCAGCAGUGCGUGCACCGGUCCGAACUCGCGGACGACGCCUCCAGCAGGAGCUAUCGUUGUCGAUGCUACUGGCACAUACGCGGGUAGCUUCAAGACCGUGUCGGAGGGCGUCGCCAAUGUCCCGAACACGACGGACGAGCACACUCUCUUCCUGUUCCCUGGUGUCUACCACGAGCAGGUGACAGUCCCGAAGCUGAACGGCCAUUUAGUGCUGCAAGGCUACACGUGUAACACAAUGAACUACGCGAAAAAUCAAGUGACCAUCACCCACACAAUGGCACAAAGAGAUCUCCCUGCCAAUGCCACCGGUUCGCUCAACCAACUUGUCAGUACUCUGCUGUUCAAGUCGAAAAGUGGUGUGAAGGUGUACAACCUCAACGUCGCCAACCCGACUGGAAAAAUCAAGACUCUGGGCCAGGCCGUCGCCACGUACAUCGACGCCCCCAACUACGGUUUCUACGCUUGCAACUUCACUGGAUAUCAGGACACUUUGUGUGCUAACAAAGGACGUGAACUCUUCGCCCGAUCCUACAUUGCUGGGGCCGUUGAUUUCAUCUUCGGUCUCCAGUCGAAGGCGUGGUUUGAGUCCUGUGAUCUGGAAUCGGUUGGAAAAGGCUGCGUCACCGCUAAUGGUAACACCAACAGCUCCAAUCUGUCUGAGUACGUGUUCAACAAUGCGCACGUGUUCAGCUCCAACACAUCGAUGAAUGGAACGGCCUAUUUGGGCCGUCCAUGGUAUCCCUACGCUCGCGUUGUCUUCCAGAACAGCAAACUUGGCGACGUCAUCAACCCACAAGGGUGGCAGCAAUGGAACAAAGACAACAACACCGCUAAUGUCUACUUCAAAGAGUACAAUAACCACGGCCCCGGUGCAUCUACAAAGCAGCGGGUAUCCUUCAGUGGGCAGCUGGACGCGCCUGUUGCCAUAACGGACAUCCUUGGCAGCAACUACACGGACGAGUGGUGGGUGGACACCAAGUUCUUGUAG